GAGUCCCACGUACGAUUUUCCCCUAUUUAAACCUUUCCUAGCAACAAUCUUCGACCAUUCAAUUCCAUUUAUUUCUCCCUUUUCUUCUUGAAAAUUAAGACAAGAAAAACAAAAAUUUUGAUUCAUGGAUUCUUGUGUUAGGGUUUCUGAAAUGCUUAAGGUUUUGUUUGUCCUGGCGUUCCUCUUAGGUUCCUCAUUAGCCGGCAAUUUCUAUAAAGAUGUGACCAUAACGUGGGGUGGCCCCCGGGCUCAGAUACUCAACGGGGGCCAAGUUCUUUCGUUGUCCCUUGACAAUGUUUCGGGUUCUGGUUUCCAGUCCAACAACGAGUACUUGUAUGGAAGGUUUGACGUGCAGCUUAAGCUCGUGCCUGGAAACUCAGCUGGCACUGUCACAACGUUUUUCUUAGCGUCUCAAGGAUCGGCACAUGAUGAGAUUGAUUUCGAGUUCUUGGGGAAUAGUUCCGGGCAGCCAUACACCGUGCACACCAACAUUUAUACCCGAGGAGUAGGCAAUAGGGAACAACAGUUCCGCCUCUGGUUCGACCCUACCGUUGCAUUCCACACUUACAGUAUUCUCUGGAACUCGCAAAACAUAAUAUACAUGGUGGACAACAUCCCGAUUAGGGUUUUCAAAAACUACGCUGCAUACGGAGUCGCAUUCCCGACCAGCCAGCCGAUGAGGUUAUUAGCCAGCCUCUGUAAUGCCGAGCCGAUGACUACGCAGGGCGGGAGAGUGAAGACGGACUGGACCAAGGCCCCCUUUACCGCCACUUACCGGAAUUACAAUGCCACAGGCUGUGUUGUGAGUGCAACAGGGACGAAUUCCUGCAACGGGGCUGCGAACAGCCAGGCUUGGCUAACUCAGGGACUGGAUGCCAAUGGGAGGAACAGAAUCCGAUGGGUGCAACAAAAACAAAUGAUCUACAAUUACUGUACAGAUGUUAAAAGGUACCCCCAGGGGCUUCCCAAGGAAUGCAGGCUUCCUAGGUUCUAAGGGUACGUGGAAUUGUCAACAAUUUCCAGGCCGUCAUCGUCGACCCAGUUUCAAUGUAUUUUCUUCAUGAUUCAUAUGUUCUACUUCGUGUUCUUUCUUUUUUGUUUAUUUAUAUUUUUCCCUGGAAAAGAGUUAAAUUGCUACGGAAUAAGGACUUUGAACAAGAAAGGGGAUGUGAUUCUUUGAUUAUACCAAAAUACCAAUGUUUUGUUGCAUUUUUGUUUCUUCUUUGCUGUUUUUUCUGACUUAUUGUAUGCUUUGUUCUGUAUAAUAAUGGUACUAAAAUUGGAUUGGA